GUGGUUGGUUUACUCAAAGAGAGGGAACUAGAAGGUUGAAGGACUCUGCCUUUGCAUGUAAAAUUUUCAAUCUUUCAAGAAUUCCACAUCUGAGCCAUGCCAUUAGGUUAUUAGCAGGUGAAUAUUAAAUUAAUAGACAACAACUGCCUUACUGCUAAUGCCGCAAGAUGCCUGCAAUUGACCCACCUGGAGAUGAAACUGCUGAGAAUGCUCCCAAUGUGCCUGCAAUCUUCCCAUCUGGUGAUGGAGAUACUGUCUUGAAUAGGUCCAAUGUAGCGUCUCGGCCACAAACUCCAGGGACUGCUCUCCACAUGCUUGCAAUCCACCACUCUCUCAAGUGGAGGAGGGAUUUCAGUGGGCUCCGUCUAGCAUGUCAGCUGCAAACUCCGGCGGUUGCUAAUGCUGUAUCAUUUUCCGCUACAUCUGGUUUUCUCAACAUGCUUGCAUGCAACCGAGCUGAUAACAGAAGAAGGGGUUUGACUUAUGAGCAGCUGCCUUUACCAUCUCCAGCAGUGGUGUCUGCCCCUGAAGUCAAUAUACCAUCCCGGUUAGAAACUCCAACUUAUGCUCCGCCAUUUGCUUGCAACAUACCUGGUGAUGGGCUGGAGGUAUCAUCUAAUCGAUUUCAAGCCCUAGCAUUUUCUGAUCCGCUAGCUCUUUCAGCUGUUGCUGGUGAUAACACUGGGAAUUUCAAUAGGGGCAGUGCAGAAGCUCCAGUGGACUCGGCUGUUGCAGGCGAUUCCAAUGGGGCCAGUUCAGUGUCUGACUUGCAAACUCCAGUUGCUGCUAAUGCUCCUGGUGAUCAAGCCAGGGAUAAUGGGGGCAGUACUGCAGCAUCUAUUCCUAAUGUUGCUCCCAACAUGCCUGGGUCAAACGAUGAGGCAGCUGGUGCAUCAGCAGUCAUGAAUAGGCCACCUGCUCUUGUUGACAUGAUGCCAGGGCUCUCUCGCAGUUUCCCGGCAACUCUACCGCCAUUUUCCUAUUUUACUUGGAGCGACCCUUGGAUUUACUUCGACUACGGGAUGAAUGAACCAUAUAGAAUGUCACAAAACAAUGAAAGAAACAGUAAUAGUGGAGGAGGUGCAGCAUCCCCUUCAGCACCAUUGAAUGUGAACGAGGAAAAUGGGGUACAGGUUGGAGGAGGUGCAGCAGCCCCAUCAGCAACUUUGGAUGUGAACGAGGAAAAUGGGGAACAGUUUGGAGGAGCUGCAGCAGCCCCAUCAGCAACUUUGGAUGUGAACGAGGAAAAUGGGGCACAGGUUGAAGGAGCUGCUGGAGGCUCAUUGGCGAAUAUGGCAGAGUGGCCACCGGUAUCUGAUACAAAACCGCCAUAUAGGAAACAUAACAGGGACAGGAGGAGAUAUCCAUGA